UUGUAAUGUGGAGAUAGUUUAGCUAAACGUGGGUGUUGGACCCUGUAUUUAUACCCUUAUAAUCUGUUGAAUGAAACACACAGAGAAUUACACAUGAUCUUCAACUUUUUAUCGAUCCCUGAUUAUAAUUCCCAGUGUGGCUCUUUUCAUCCAAGUUGAUCGCUAGGAGCGAAUCGCCGAUCUCCUUCCUUAUCGGCCAUAUGAUCACAUGUGACGCUAACGCUAUAUAUCACCAGUCAUCAUCCCAUCCGAUACCGACUACUUCACUUCCACAUUAAUUAACGAUAUCACUAUCAUCAUUACGAAAGAAAGGUUCGUUAUGAUUAUAAUUUUUAUGUACAUGAAUCAUUCCAAGUUCUGUUUGAACAAUAUAUGAUGGGCAUUUGACGUAUAUUAUAUUGUUUGUGUUGUACAUUUGUGAAAAUCUUUCUAAUAUGUGCGAGUUUUGAUCUGGUGUCUUUAUGCACCUGAAUCAUUCAUUUGUAUAUAGAGACACUACAUUUGGCAAUAUCUUCGGUUCUCUAAUAAUUGGAUUAUUAACAUCACCAGAGGGAUGAAGAAAUCCAAGUUAGGAAAGGCAUCAAAAAGGUUGGAUAUGGUGGAUAUGAUCAGUGACUUGCCGGAUUCUAUUCUUCACUCGAUUCUUUCACGUCUUCCAACUACGGAAGAAGUAAUCCGAUCCAGCAUUUUGUCGACUCGAUGGAGGUACUUGUGGACUUCAAUUCCUUCUAUAGACAUAGAUUAUUCCCGAGGAUUGAUGCCCUUUAAAGAAUUCAGAAACAACAAAUUUGAAGAGUUUGAGUGUAGUGUUUUGGCAAACAAAUCCAUAGAUUUGGAUAGUUUUCGGUUAUGUUGUGGGAAUUACUUCAGUAUGUCAAAAGUAAGGCGGUGGAUUAAUGCUGCCAUCACUAGAAACGUCAAACUACUUGACUUGAUGUUUCACCCGACGGAGGAAAGUAAAAUAACUGAGGUGCCCCAUUGUCUUGUGAAUUGCAGUUCAUUGGAGGUAUUAAGGUUGUGUUUGUUGGGAGGAUUAUUUAUGUUGCGUAAUUAUUCAGGGUUUCUGACAAUUAGGGUUCUUGAGUUGAAAACUUGUAUCUUAAUAGACGAUGAUUUGGUAAAAGAUUUUCUCAAAAGUAGCUGCCCAUUGCUUGAAAACCUGAGUUUGGUAAACUGCAUGACAUCCACCAUUACAGUUUUUUGUAUUUCAUGUCCAAAGCUAAAGAAUCUGAGAAUUGAUAACCAGAAAGUACUUGAUUGCAAAGAGUUGGGGGAUGACAUCGACAUGUGUGAUAACCUUGAGAUUUUUUGUCCAAAACUGGUGUUUUUGGAGCUUUCAGGCCAUGUAGCUUAUAAUUUUCUCUUCGAAAAUCUAGUUUCUUUGAAGAAAGCUGAAAUUCACCCUGAAUUUAAGCUGCAGAGAGAAUUACCAUCUGAAUCCAUGGACACCAUAGUAUGUGCUUUGUUUUAUGAAAUUUCCAAUGUGGAACUUUUGUCGACUAGCCUUUUCUACGACCAUAAGUGCAUUAAUCUAGAAGAUCUCCCUAAAUCUCUACCUAAUCUCAAGACUUUGGAGAUAACCACAAUAGCUGAUGCCUUCAACAUGGAUGUACUAAUCCAAAUUCUCACUCGUUCUCCAAAUCUGGAGUCUCUUCAUUUGAUAAUUGAAAAGGAUCCACCGUGUUCAUCAUCUCUAACAGAAGCUUCCAGUUUGGAUUUCUGGGAGAUGGAAUGCCCCUUUGACUACAUAUUUGAACGGCUUAAGAUGGUAAAGAUGACUUGUAUAUCUGGUGUUCCACACGAGAUGGGAUUCAUAAAGUUUCUGCUUGGGAGUUCACCGAUUCUUGAGACUAUGAGCAUCUCCCCAAGUGGGAACAUAACAGAUGGAAGAUCAACUUUUUCAAUCGAGUUGCCGAGGCUUCGUCGAGCAUCACCAAAAGCUGAAAUCAUAUUUGUUCAAAAGUAGGUGUAAAUGAUAUUUUAUAUCUCAAUCUCUGCCUUUGAUUUUGAUUUGUGAUCGAUCUCACUUUGAUAAGCAACCCCUCUUGUGAGGUUGGGUAACAACAAAUAUUUUUUGUGGCCUUCUCAAAAAAAUUCGGAAAAGCUAAGGGCAUUUCUAUCAUUAACCCUUUAUAAAACAUAUAAAACUAUAGUCGGUCUCUUCCUCCUCGAACCUGUAAUGAAAGGUUCACCUUUUUUUUUAAUGGUUUUUGAAUAUCUUAAUAAUCUUUUUGCCUUA